AUGGCCAGAACUAAACAAACAGCAAGAAAAUCAACUGGUGGUAAGGCUCCACGUAAACAACUUGCCUCCAAAGCUGCACGUAAAUCAGCUCCAGUAUCAGGUGGUGUCAAGAAACCACACAGAUAUAAGCCAGGUACCGUUGCUUUGAGAGAAAUUAGAAGAUUUCAAAAGUCUACCGAAUUAUUGAUUAGAAAGUUACCUUUCCAAAGAUUGGUCAGAGAAAUCGCUCAAGAUUUCAAGAGUGAUUUAAGAUUCCAAAGUAGUGCUAUUGGUGCUUUACAAGAAGCGGUUGAAGCUUAUUUGGUUAGUUUAUUUGAAGAUACUAACUUGUGUGCUAUCCAUGCCAAGAGAGUUACUAUUCAAAAGAAGGAUAUCCAGUUAGCAAGAAGAUUAAGAGGUGAACGUUCUUAG